GCUUUCUCAUCCCGCCGCCCAAGAUGCCGAAAGGAAAGAAGGCCAAGGGGAAGAAGGUGGCUCCGGCCCCUGCUGUCGUUAAGAAGCAGGAGGCCAAGAAAGUGGUGAAUCCACUAUUUGAGAAAAGGCCUAAAAAUUUUGGCAUUGGACAAGAUAUCCAGCCCAAAAGAGACCUCACCCGCUUUGUGAAAUGGCCCCGCUAUAUCAGGUUGCAGCGGCAGAGAGCCAUCCUCUAUAAGCGGCUGAAAGUGCCUCCUGCAAUUAACCAAUUCACCCAAGCCCUGGACCGCCAAACAGCUACCCAGCUGCUUAAGCUGGCCCACAAGUACAGACCAGAGACGAAGCAAGAAAAGAAGCGGAGGCUGUUGGCUCGGGCCGAGAAAAAAGCGGCUGGCAAAGGGGACGUCCCCAGUAAGAGACCACCUGUCCUCCGAGCAGGAGUUAACAGCGUCACCACCUUGGUGGAGAACAAGAAAGCUCAGCUGGUGGUGAUUGCACACGAUGUGGAUCCCAUUGAGCUGGUUGUCUUCUUGCCUGCCCUCUGUCGUAAAAUGGGAGUCCCUUACUGCAUCAUCAAGGGUAAGGCAAGACUGGGACGUCUAGUUCAUAGGAAGACCUGCACCACUGUCGCCUUCACACACGUUAAUCCGGAAGACAAAGGUGCUUUGGCUAAGCUGGUGGAAGGUGUUCGCACCAACUACAAUGACAGAUACGAUGAGAUCCGGCGUCACUGGGGAGGCAAUGUCCUGGGUCCCAAGUCUGUGGCUCGCAUUGCCAAGCUAGAAAAGGCAAAGGCUAAAGAACUUGCCACGAAAUUGGGUUAAAUGUAAAUAACUGUUUCUGUAAAAAAAAAUAAUUAAUGCAAAAAAAAAAAAAAAAAAAAGAAGAUAAUGCAAAUUACUGUCUGUAUGCCAAGAUAAAAUUUGGGGUUGUAAUAGAGUGUAGAAAAUAUUAAAUCAAGAAAAAGUGAUACUUAAUUUCUGUCUGACCUUUUCAAAUUUUAAAGACAGAGUCCUAUAAAUUUCAUGGGUGAUUGUCAAAAAGUACGUGAAAUUGGUGAACUUUGUUUUCAUAGAGAAUGAUUCUUGUGCUUCCUCCUACUCCCUCUUCAGUUUCUAUGCUAAGCACAUUAAAAAAUAAAAUAAAAUAAAAAUUUUUUUUAGUGGAUGGAAAUUCAUUGCUUGGGCUUCACUGUUCCUUUUGCAUUAGAUAUAGAUUGAUCAGUACUUUGAAAAUGGGUAACUUGUUUAAAAUGAGCCUGGAGUGUAUGUGUAUGUUGGGUAGAGAGGAAAGGGGAAAAUUUGCUGGCCCAGCUAUAUCUUGAAUGUUAGGAGAUGCACAAUAUGCAGAAUUCAUUGUGAUACACCAGAACAUAGCCUUAGAAUUAAGAGACCAGAUUCAAAUACCAGCUCCACCAGUUAAUAGCAUUGUGACUUAAGAUGGGUUACUCUCCACCUUUUGGUCUUUAAUUUGCCUGUCUGUAAAAUGGGAAUAUGAGCUACCUAACCUACAGGGGUGCUGUGAGUAUUAAGUGAGAACAUUAUAGGAACAUUUCUGGUACACCAACUUUUGGUUCAUCCUGUUGUAGUGGUAGGCACUAGCAAAAUUCAUUCUGUAGCAACUGCCAUUCUUUGGCCUGUUGGCACACUUCU